CUGUAUGAUUGAUCACCUUCGGUUGACAAAAGUGUUCUGCGUAAUACACAUAUUUGAUUGACUUACAUAGAUUCUUGUUUGGCAAGUGUGUUAAGAUGCGUCCUACGUUUGACUGUCUCAUUUGGCUGUCAUGGAUAAUGACUGCCCUGUCAUCUACUGUGUAUGGAAUUUGUCAGGUGCCCACUUCCAAGGAAGACAACUACAACUUCCUGACAAUAAUGGGAGUCCAGGCUCGUCACACAAUAUCUGCAAACCUUAAUACACAAAUAGAGUACCAGUUUGUAUCCCCAGAACAUGCACAUCAAUGGAAAACAACACUGGUAACCACCUUACCAGCCUGGCUGAAAUACAACGCCACAUCUACAACUCUGUAUGGUACUCCAACAGAGGCGGGUGUAACCAUGGUCAGACUCGACCUUACUCACCCAAGGAUGACCAAUACUUGUAACAGUAGUAUGGCUGCUGACCUGACAAUACUUGCCCAGGAUGCUCCAGUGAUCAACACAGUUAACAUAGAUCAUUGUGUUGGUGAUGCUCCAUUGCUUGAAAGGCCUAUUGACCAGCUCAAGGUUCAAGUGGGUCGUCCAUUCCUGUAUAGUAUCUGUGACACAUUCAAAAGCACAGAUAAUCUAGCUCUUACUCAGAUGUUAACGUUGCCAUAUGGUAAGGAUGUGCCUGAUAACUUCUGGCUCCAGAUCGAUGGAUCAGCCGAAUUUCUGUAUGGUUUACCCCUGACAACAGAUACCAUGGUAACUGAGAGCAUUACUCUUGUUGCCAUAGAUACAUGUGGUAAGAAAUCCAGAGAUGCGAUACACCUUGACUUUGAACCCUUACCAGAGGUUACUCACACCCUGACCUUGGCAGUGACCCCAGUAACAGAGGGCAAGGAUGAUGACGACACUGCAGCUUUGCUUGUGCAUGUUGUUUCUAAACUUGAGUCCUGGUUCAGGAGCAUACAAAUGAAAGUAGAUGUUUAUGUAGUAGGUGUAGACUGGGAAGGAGACCAGAUGAUUGUACAGUUCACAUUAUCAGGCUCCUCUAUAAGUACCUGUAGUAAACCCUACCUUCAGGAUCUAGUGAAGGAUAUGACUCUACCAGCUUUCUCUUGUUUAAUGGCACCGGUUUUUACCGUGGAGGAUAUGGUCUCUGUGAACUUCUCUGAGAGCUGUGUGGACACUUACCUCAAUCCCUCAAUGCCAUCCAAAUAUGGUAUGUCGAAGAGAAAGCCAACCCUUGACCACUGGCUGGAGGUUGUUGUCCCAUGUGCUGCCUUCCUUCUCAUUGUCACUGUGGUUGUUAUCAUACUCAUGGUGUGCAGUGGUAAAUAUCCCCAUCGCAGGAAGAGAUAUGUGUUGAAGUCUGAGAUUCCCACCUAUCUGGAGGACAGGAAGCCAAUCAUUUUCCCAGACGAGACGCGGAGAAAAGACAGCUCGCUUGAACCCCGACCACCAAUCUUGAUUUCUGGAAAUGGAGAAUAUGAACCAUCUCAAUGGCAACAAGAUGAUGAGGAAAGUGGAAGUCUGCCUUUGUUGAGAGUUACACCUGACCGUAGUGCCCCAACACCACCAGAAUAUCUCCUCAAUGAUAUUGGUGUACCCCCUCCCUACAGACUACCUCCACCUUAUCACUCCACCCAUCCUACCUGGUGAAACAUCAACUCUGUUUUGUCAUGAGAGAUGGCUAUAUCUAUAUGAUGGAAGAGUGCUGAAUUGGAAGCUUGCAUGAAACGCUGUAUAUUAAUGAUUUGGUUUUUUUACCAGUAUUUAUUUUAUUGUUUUGUAUUUCUUAUCACUAAUGCAUAAUUCGAAAAUAUAAUUUGAUUCCAAAACAUCAUAAUUUAACUGGUUUUUCUCAUUGUCGCCGUUCCAUAUUUUUCAAUUAUCUUGUUGUUUGGGAGUUGAAAGAUAUUGCUUUUUUACAUUGCUUUUACACUUCAUUGAGUUUUUCAAAGAUAUUGAUGUUUCAAUUUUAUU